AUCUUCUUUCUCUGAGUGGUCCUCAUCACUGCUUGGUAGUGGGAAGGAAACAUUUCUUCUCCGUUGUGGCUGAGUUCUAUAACUCUGUCUUUGUUUCCACUGAUAGACUUUAUUUUCUUUGUAGUCUGAUUGAUCUCUUUUAAAUUUACUCAGUUUCUCUUGUUUAAGUUCUUUCUGUAGCCGAUUUAGAUGUUCUUGCAGCUCUUUUUCAAAGGGGGGUUGUUGUUCAUCGAAACCUUUUGAAAUCUCUUCUUUCAGGUUAACAAUUUAAUUUUGAGUAUGACUUUUCUGCUUCUUAGUCUUGAUUUCUCCCCAUCUGAAAUAAAUUUCUUAGACCUAAAAAUCUCUAAAGAUGGCAAUGGAGAUUUACAUACCUCCAUCUUCAGAAAACCAACUGACCGCAACACAAUUCUUCGAGCAGAUAGUUUUCAUCCUCCUUGGUUAACAAAUAAUAUUCCUUUUGGUCAGUUCCAGAGACUGAAACGUAUAUGUGACUCAGAAGAAGACUAUGAAAAAAAUGCUCUAGAUAUGACCCAGAGAUUUAAGGCAAGAGGAUAUCAAUAUAAAACUAUAUUCAGAGCUUACAACAAAGCAAAAUGUCUCCCUAGAGAACAACUGUUAGCCCCUAAACAGAAAGAACAACAAAAUUCUGAUCAGGUAUAUUUUGUGACACAAUACAGUGACCAUAGUAAUGCAAUUAAACAAAUUGUCAAAAGCAAUUGGGACAUUUUGAAAAGUGAUAGUGUUCUUAGAGAAGCUCUUCCAGAUUCUCCGACUAUUAGCUUCAGAAGAGCUCCUACUCUGAAAGACAAACUUGUUAAGAGUCAUCUCCCUCCUGUAUCACAGAAAACCUGGCUUUCAACCUUAAAAGGUAAUCACAGGUGUGGACAUUGCAAUCACUGUAGCAAUAUGAUAAAUGCCAAUUAUUUUACUGAUGUGACAUCUGGUCAUACAUUUGACAUAAAUACAUUUAUUAAUUGCAAUACCUCUUAUGUUGUUUACAGACUUGAGUGCCCUUGUGGACGCUUCUACAUUGGGAGAACAAAGCGUAAACUGAAGGCAAGAUUGGCAGAACAUAAGCAUGCCAUUAGAACUGGUAACCCACAGUACCCCAUGGCUGUCCAUUACAAAGAUGUAAGUCAUGGUAGUUGUGACUCUUUAAAGAUAUCAGGCAUAGAACAUAUUGAAGAUUCUAUCAGGGGAGGAGAUAGACUCAAAAGACUCCUGCAAAGAGAGUCAUUCUGGAUAUACACAUUAAAGGCCACUUAUUAUCCAGGGUUGAAUGGAGAACUCGACUUUUCUCCUUUUCUAGUCUUUCACCCUCUGCUUUGUCAUUGGCAGGUCAUGCUGUUCAGGUCAUGUGACCUCCUACCUGCUCACACUGAGCAGCUGUCUGUAAUUAUCUAUUUAACUGUGAAUUGAGCCAUCUGACAAACAUUUCACUCUUGUCCUGAUGAAGGCCAGUUUGGCUGAAACGUA